GUAGGCUAGGGUUAGGCAGCUGUUGCCAGCUGUGCAGAAGAUGGGUCCGCUCGCGACAGUUCGGUUAUUAUGGCUGCUGGUACUUUGCCUACCCUCGCUCACACUGUCCCACGCCCAGAAGUACAAGAAAAGGGGACCCGCAGUGACCGACAAGGUCUUCUUUGAUAUAAAAAUUGGAGAGAAAGAUGCCGGCAGAAUUGUUAUUGGACUAUUCGGAAAAGUUGUUCCAAAGACUGUUAAAAACUUUAUUGCUCUGGCAACUGGAGAAAAAGGGUAUGGCUACAAAGGGAGCACGUUUCACAGAGUGAUCAAAGAUUUCAUGAUUCAAGGAGGAGACUUCACUGCUGGCGAUGGAACAGGAGGCUACAGUAUUUAUGGAUACACUUUUCCAGAUGAGAACUUCAAACUGAAACACUAUGGCAUUGGUUGGGUUAGCAUGGCAAAUGCAGGACCAGACACCAAUGGAUCACAGUUCUUCAUUUCUGUCACUAGACCUUUAUGGCUGGAUGGAAAACAUGUUGUGUUUGGCAAAGUUCUUGAAGGCAUGGCUAUCGUUCACUCGAUAGAAUUACAGCAGACAGAUGAAAGAGAUCGCCCACUGCAGGAUUGUGUGAUUGUUAACAGUGGAUAUAUAGUUGUAAAAGAACAGUUUGUUGUUGAAGUGGAUGGUUGGCAAGACUAGAAUGUGUAUAACAAUAAAAAUAUUAUUCUUUUUGUAAUCAA